GUCUCAUCCCCACCGCCACAAGACACAUGGGUCUCCUGUCUGAGGGUGGAGGGGCUGUAGGGGUCUCACCCCCCCUACCACAAGACACACCGGUUUCCUGUCAGGAAUAAAAACAUGACCCCCCUUCACUGGGGUGACCGGCAGGGUCUUCAGGCAGGCUGUUUCACUUUCAAAAUGCCAUUACUUAAAAAACAGGAAAACGGUGAGCAGGUGCUGGUGAAAAAUGAAAGCUAUUUGCAAACCUUGAAGAAUAAGGAUCAGAGAAAAAGACUUGUCCAUGAAAUCUGUACCUUUUUAGACAGCAGUCAGUCUGUCCAAGAAAUUGAUGCUCUGAGAACAGAAAACAGGAAGCUAAAAAAUGCGAACUCAAGACUGCGAUAUAAAACCAAAGAUUGGGCAUUAAAGAAAGAAGAAUAUGAGAAUGAGAUCGAAAGACUUUCUGGCGAGAUAUCUAAUUACUUAAAUGUCACCAAUUUCUGGUAUGAAGAAUCAGAGCUUCUGAAUAGCACAGAGAAAAGAACAACAAAGGAAGAAACCAAACAUGUUAGCGUUCAGACAGAGGGCGUGCUUGGACAAGAGAAAAGGACUGUUGCAACUCAGACUGAUGAAGAUAGCUCAAGGUUGACUCUAAAUGGCAGAAGAUCAAUUUAACUUCAAUGUGACUAGCUGCUGGAUAAUAGAAUGUUUGACAUUGUUUCACGUUUAACUCUUAUUGAACAAAUUAUUCAAAUCUAUAUACAUAUAUAUAUAUACACACACAUAUAUAUACAUACAAAUAAAAACCUAUUCUAAUCUCA